AUGAACUGCAUGAAAACCCCGUUCCACUUGGAGCAUCGAGCCGCAGGGACUAAGCUGUCUUCCUCCUUCUCCUCUUCCUCCUCUUCCUCCUUCUGUCACCAUCACCAACCACCACUGGCCAUGGCUUCGGUUCUGGCUCCAGGGCAGCCACGCUCGCUGGACUCCUCCAAGCACCGGCUGGAGGUGCACACCAUCUCAGACACUUCCAGUCCCGAGGCCGCAGAAAAAGAUAAAAGCCAGCAGAGCAAGAAUGAGGACGCCGGGGCUGAAGACCCAUCCAAGAAGAAGAGGCAGCGGAGGCAGCGUACUCACUUCACCAGCCAGCAGCUGCAGGAGCUGGAGGCCACCUUCCAGAGGAACCGCUACCCGGACAUGUCCACCAGAGAAGAGAUCGCCGUGUGGACCAACCUCACGGAAGCCAGAGUGCGGGUUUGGUUCAAGAAUCGCCGGGCCAAGUGGAGAAAGCGGGAGCGGAACCAGCAGGCCGAGCUGUGCAAGAACGGCUUCGGGCCCCAGUUCAACGGCCUCAUGCAACCCUACGACGACAUGUACCCGGGCUACUCCUAUAACAACUGGGCUGCCAAGGGCCUCACUUCGGCCUCCCUCUCUACUAAGAGCUUCCCCUUCUUCAACUCGAUGAACGUCAACCCCCUGUCCUCGCAGAGCAUGUUCUCCCCGCCCAACUCCAUCUCGUCCAUGAGCAUGUCGUCCAGCAUGGUGCCCUCGGCGGUGACUGGCGUCCCGGGCUCCAGCCUAAACAGCCUGAAUAACUUGAACAACCUGAGCAGCCCCUCGCUGAACUCGGCGGUGCCGACGCCCGCCUGCCCUUAUGCGCCGCCGACCCCUCCGUACGUUUACAGGGACACGUGUAACUCUAGCCUGGCCAGCCUGAGACUGAAAGCGAAGCAACACUCCAGCUUCGGGUACGCCAGCGUGCAGAACCCAGCGUCCAAUCUUAGCGCCUGCCAGUACGCCGUAGACAGACCAGUGUGAACC